GCACAGAAUCGGAGUAUCUCCGCGGCGGCGAGAGUGUGUCGCCGGAGAGUUCCCACCGGGAGAGUAAAGGGUCUGUGUUGGGUUCAUUGAGAAUCAAGAACAGGAAGGGAUCAUGUGGCUCUCGAUGGCGAGAGAAAGAGAGAGAUGAAGACAAAUUUUUUUUCCCUUUUCUAUUUUUUUGUCUGGCCAACAGAACGUUGACACGUUUAGUCUCUUAGAGCAAGAAUGGGUAUACUCUAUAAGAGGCUCCCUUAUGUUUUUUCUUUUGUUCUGAUUUAUUUUUUAGUUACCAAAAUGUUAAGUACUCCCCUAUGAACCUGCCGAUGGGGAAGGUCUAACUGAAGAUCAGAUUCAGAUAGAUGGGAAGCAAACUAAAACCCUAGUUGAAGAGAACCAAGGAGGUGUGGAGGAAGAAUCAAAAACCCUAAUUGAAGACCAAAGGGAUGGGGAGGAAGAAUCAAAAACCCUAAUUGAAGAUUUGAAUGUAACAGAGGAAGGGGAAGAGGAAGAGGAAGAGUGUAUGUUGUGCACGUACAUAAAGGGAGGUGAGUGCAAGGAUGCGUUCAUAAAAUUGGAGAGAUGUUGGAAUGAAGCAAUGAAGAAUAAUGAAGACGAAACAAGUAAAUGUAAAGAGGCUAGACUCAUGUUCAAGGCUUGUAUGAAUGAUAACCCUGUUUACUAUGAGCCUAUUCUUGCUUUUGAAGCUAGAGAGAGGGCUAAGAUGUUGAGCGAGUUGUUGAACGCGGAAAAGGAGGCUAUUCUCGCUGGUGAUGCUGCAGUCAUUGCGAGAACGUUAAACGUGCUGCAAAAAGACGAUGCUGAGCCUAUUACCGUUCUUCCUGCUGAAGCUGCAGCUACUGGGAAGGCGUUUAGCGAGUUGGAAGCUGGAAAGAAGAAGGAGAAGGAAGCAGAGGGAGCCAAGGGAAACGAGAGUGAUCAUCAGAAUCAGAAUUAGGAUAUUCCGAUUUUUUGUUUGUCUAAACCCUUAAUUUUGUUUAAGGUUGUCUUUUUAGUUCUUACUACAACAUUGAGUUAUGCUAAUGAUGCAUCUGUUAUUGCCACCUUCUUCUGCAAAAAAAGACUAUUUAAUCGGU